AUGGAAGUUGCCCAAGUGGAUAUGGCUGCUGCGGGAACAACAACUGCUAUCCCCUUGACGGCGAGUGCUGCAAUGGUGGAAAGUAUUGUCCUAAAGGCCAGCGUUGUGUCAAAUAUGACAGUGGAGAAAAGGGAUGUCUUCCUGUGGGGAGCUCUAGCGGAAACACGGACUAUUGCUCUGGCCUGCUUCGGUAGCGGUUACAGAGAAUGCCCCGGCGACUCGAAGAAGUGCUACAACCCAAAUGACCCACGAUAUGACAGCUGUGACUGGAGCUCUGGCGGCGGCGAUGACAAGCAAGAUGGCGGCACAGCGACCAAUGGAUCUUCCCCUGCGCCAUCUUCUGCAUCACCUACACCUACACCGUCUACAGAAGAAUCCACUACCUCGGCUACGAUAACAGGUGGUACCUCUGUGGAGUAUGAGUGGUAUACAUGGACCGUUACUUGCCGAGAAAGGUCGUACUGGAGUUACUUUUACACCGACAUCACCAUCAUCACGUCGACUAUAUAUGAAACAUCAACCCUGAUCUCAGUGUAUGCCACCAACAGCGCGGAAGCCAGUUCUUCACUUGCUGAAGAAACCGAGACAAUGUCAUUUUAUACUCCCCCAGCUGCAACUGCUCUGGCAUCCAGAACAUCGACCAGAACAACUUCACGAUUUAACCCCUCGACCACCACAUCAUCCCCAUUUCCCUCAGUGUCGCAAUAUGGAGGGAGUGCCAGUGCCGGUAACAGUCGCGCUGCGGACCUUCAAAACUGGUGGCAGCUAUCUUGUCUUGCAGUCAUGGCAAUAAUGCCAGUAUGGACUCUUUUGUCUUUCGUUGGUACUUCAAAGCUUGUGGCUGGCUGA